AUGGCCGAGGAAUUGUCCAAGAACUUUGAGACGCUGCAAUUGCAUGCAGGCCAUGUCCCGGAUUCUGCUACCAACUCUCGCGCCGUCCCCAUCUACGCGACCACAUCCUACGUCUUCAAUGACUCGGCCCACGGCGCGCGCCUCUUCGGCCUCAAAGAAGCUGGCAACAUCUACACUCGUCUGGCAAACCCCACAGUCGAUGUGUUCGAGAAGCGCAUGGCGGCUCUAGAAGGCGGUGUCGCUGCGUUGGCCACCUCAUCCGGCCAGGCUGCGCAAUUCGUGGCUAUUGCUACGCUCGCGCAUGCUGGAGACAACAUCAUCUCGACGACGAACCUGUACGGAGGCACGUACAACCAAUUCAAAGUUUUCCUCCCCAGGCUAGGAAUAAAAACAAAGUUUGUCCAUGGAGACGAUGCCGAGGAGUUUAAAAAGGCAAUCGAUGAGAACACCAAGGCUGUCUACAUUGAGAGCAUCGGGAACCCAAGAUACAACGUUCCCGACUUUGAGAAGAUUGUAGCGAUUGCACAUGAUGCUGGUGUUCCAGUCAUUGUCGACAACACAUUUGGCGCCGGUGGAUACUUUGUUCGGCCGAUUGAUCAUGGCGCGGACCUUGUCGUCCACUCUGCUACAAAGUGGAUCGGAGGCCACGGCACAACUCUCGGAGGCGUAGUCAUCGACAGCGGGAAAUUCGACUGGGGCAAGAAUGCCAAACGGUUCCCGCAAAUGGUGGAGCCCUCGGACGGCUACCACGGUCUCAAGUUUUGGGAAUCCUUUGGCCCCCUCACAUUCGCCGUUCGCGCCCGCCUAGAAAUCCAGCGCGACCUCGGCGCCGUCCUGAGCCCGUUUGGGGCCCAGCAACUCCUCAUCGGCAUCGAGACGCUGUCCCUGCGUGCCGAGCGCCACGCCUCCAACGCGCUGACCUUGGCCAAGUGGCUGGAGAGCAAUGAAAACGUGAGCUGGGUCUCGUACCCGGGUCUCGCGAGCCAUCCCUCCCACGGGCUGGCGAAGAAGUAUCUGACGAGGGGGUUUGGCGGCGUCUUGUCGUUUGGGGUCAAGGGUGGCUGGAAGGCGGGAAGCCAGGUGGUGGACAACCUGAAGCUGGUUUCCAAUCUGGCCAAUGUGGGAGACGCAAAGACGUUGGCCAUUCAUCCCUGGACCACGACGCACGAGCAGUUGAGUGAUGAGGAGAAGGCGACUUCGGGGGUUACAGAGGACCUCAUCCGCAUCUCCGUCGGAAUCGAGCACAUUGACGACAUCAUCGCCGACUUCACCCAAUCCUUCCAAAAAUCGGCAACCAAACCCUCCUCCACCGGCGAACCAGCCAACGCACACCAAUCCACCCAGCCCGAGCCAAACGCUACUCUCUCCGGCUCUACUUGA